CGGGCAGGGCUGGGCUGCGCAGCCCCAGCUCCUCCCUCUCGCUAUUUAUUCCUCGCCGGAGCUGCUGAGGCUGAAUCACCUCGAGCCGAGCAGGGAAGGAGCUCCCGGCCGGUUCCACAGCCAUGGCCAGGCUCCUGCUCACCUCCCUCUUGGUGGUCCUGCUCCUCGGCAUCUGCACCGACGUCGCCUUCUCCAAGAAGGGCAAAGGCAAACCCGGUGGGGGCACGUGGGGCACGGGGAGCCACCGCCAGCCCAGCUACCCCCGCCAGCCCGGCUACCCCCACAACCCGGGCUACCCCCACAACCCCGGCUACCCCCACAAUCCCGGCUACCCACACAACCCGGGCUACCCCCACAACCCUGGCUACCCAGGCUGGGGCCAGGGCUACAACCCCUCCAGCGGGGGCAGCUACCACAACCAGAAGCCGUGGAAAGCUCCCAAACCCAAGACCAACUUCAAGCACGUGGCGGGGGCGGCGGCGGCGGGCGCCGUGGUGGGGGGGCUGGGGGGCUACGCCAUGGGCAGGGCCAUGUCGGGGAUGCACUAUCGCUUCGACAGCCCCGACGAGUACCGCUGGUGGAACGAGAACUCGGCGCGCUACCCCAACCAGGUGUAUUACCGCGACUACGGCGGCUACGUCCCGCAGGACGUCUUCGUGGCCGACUGCUUCAACAUCACCGUCACCGAGCACAGCAUCGGCCCCGCCGCCAAGAAGAACGCCUCGGACGCCGGGCAGGCUGUGAACCAGACGGAGGUGGAGCUGGAGAACAGGGUGGUGACCAAGGUGAUCCGGGAGAUGUGCAUCCAGCAGUACCGCGACUACCGCCUGGCCAACGGCAUCCGGCUGCACCUCGCCGACGCCUCGCUCGCCGCCCUCCUGCUCCUCGUCCUCUUCGCCAUGCACUGAUGGAUCCCGGGAUCCCGCGGCUUUGAGAUGUCACCCGUGUCCCCGUGGGGACCCCCCGCCCUCCCCGUUCUCGCUUGCGGUCGUCGUCGGUGAAGAGCCCUUGGGGCGCGCGGGUGCCGGCGCUCCCCGUCACCUCCUUGGGGUUCACCUCCAUCACCUCCUUGGGGUUCACCUCCAUCACCUCCUUGGGGUUCACCUCCAUCACCUCCU